GUGACAUCGCACGCUGUCCCGGAAGUCGGCGGGGAACGGGCGGCGGGUGGGAGCCGGUGCCGGGGAGAGAAUUGGUGCUCCGCAGCUGCCGCCACCUCCGCCUGGGCCUGGGUCUCCCGCCAGCCCGCGAUGGGCGCCGGGCCCUGAGCGCCCGCCGCCGCUUUUCCACAGCAACUCCGCACAGCUGCGAUGGAGGCGCCGCCCGGCGGCCGCGUUCCCACCGAGGGCGCCCCGCCGCCGGCGGUGGCCGAGGUGCGCUGUCCCGGCCCCGGGCCGCUGCGCCUACUCGAGUGGAAGGUGGCGGCGGGCGCAACCGUGCGCAUCGGCUCGGUGCUGGCUGUGUGCGAGGCCGCAACCUCCGCGCAGCCCGCCGGGCCCGCUCCUGCCCGCGCGAGCUCCGGGAGCUGCGUGCGUACCGAGCGCAGACUGAGGUCGGAGCGCGCUGGUGUGGUUCGGGAACUGUGCGCGCAGCCGGGCCAGGUGGUGGUCCCCGGAGCGGUUCUGGUGCGGCUGGAAGGAUGCAGCCACCCGGUGGUCAUGAAGGGCUUGUGUGCUGAGUGUGGCCAGGACCUAACCCAGUUGCAGAGCAAGAAUGGGAAGCAGCAGGUGCCGCUGUCCACAGCCACUGUGUCGAUGGUGCACAGCGUCCCAGAGCUGAUGGUGAGCUCCGAGCAGGCUGAAAAGCUGGGACGGGAAGAUCAGCAGCGACUGCAUCGUAACCGCAAACUGGUGCUCAUGGUCGACUUGGACCAGACCUUGAUCCACACGACGGAGCAGCACUGCCAGCAGAUGUCCAACAAAGGCAUAUUUCACUUCCAGCUGGGCCGGGGUGAACCGAUGCUGCACACCCGCCUGCGCCCUCACUGCAAGGAGUUCCUGGAGAAAAUCGCCCAGCUGUACGAGCUGCAUGUCUUUACUUUUGGCAGCCGACUGUACGCACACACGAUCGCAGGCUUUUUAGAUCCUGAGAAGAAGCUCUUUUCUCAUAGAAUUUUAUCGAGGGAUGAAUGUAUUGACCCCUUUUCCAAAACAGGGAACCUCAGAAAUCUGUUCCCUUGUGGAGACUCAAUGGUUUGCAUUAUCGAUGACCGAGAAGAUGUCUGGAAGUUUGCCCCCAACCUGAUAACUGUGAAGAAAUACGUGUAUUUCCAGGGCAUAGGCGACAUCAAUGCUCCAUCUGGGCCCCGGGAACCUCAAGCGAGAAAGAGAGGUGCCGAUGUCACAGAACAGCCUGCAUCCGUCAAGGACCCUGAGGAAGGCAGGCAGGCAUCUGGGGUCGAGCAGAGCAAUGGCCUCGGAAAGUCGGCGAGGGAGCUCAACGGGGGCACUGCCCCACGGGGGGCCUGGCCCUGGUCCGGGCAGGAGGAGGAGAGGGGCUCUCGGCCCACCGGCCGGGGGUCCUCAGCAUGUGCCCAGCAGCGGGGGCGGACACUGCCGGAGAAGAGGCCCGGGCGGGGUCCAGCAGGCCCUGACCUAGACCUGGAUGUGCAGGGUGACAGCGGGAGCAGCAGCAGCGAUUCUGAGGGCCAGCCCUCCCCCGGCGCCUCUGAUGGGGAGAGUGGGGAUAAGAGGACCCGGAGGAAGCCUCGGGACACUGGCUCAGCCAUAGAGAGGCCUUUAGGGGUGAAGCACUGUGGGGAGCCCGUGCCCGGAGUCCAGUUGGACGUGCAGGAGGAGGGCGGACGGGACGGGCUCUGCGGGCUGGGGGGCGGCGGUGCUGACAGGAAGGAGGCAGAGACCGAGUCCCAGAACAGCGAGCAGUCUGGCGUCACAGCAGGCGAGUCCCUGGACCAGAGUGCGGAGGAGGAGGAGGAGGGGGAGGAGGAAGACGCUGAUGACGACGACCACCUUGUCCACCUGGAGGAGAUCCUUGCCCGUGUGCACUCCGACUACUACGCCAAGUACGACCGCUUCCUCCGCGGUGAAACCCAGGAGGCCCCUGACAUCCGGAAGAUUGUCCCAGAGCUCCGGAGCAGGGUGCUGGCAGACGUGGCCAUCAUCUUCAGUGGGCUGCACCCUACAAACUUCCCGAUUGAGAAGACGCGGGAACACUACCACGCCACAGCACUCGGAGCCAGGAUCCUCACCCAACUCGUGCUGGACCCUGACGACCCCGACAGACCCACCCACCUGAUUGCCGCACGGGCAGGCACAGAGAAGGUGCGUCAGGCCCAGGAGUGUGGACAGCUGCAUGUGGUCAACCCUGACUGGCUGUGGAGCUGCCUGGAGCGGUGGGACAAGGUGGAGGAGCAGCUGUUCCCGCUGCGGGACGACCAUGGCAGAGGGCAGCGGGAGGACUGCCUGGCAGCCUUUCCCGACAGGCAGGGCGUGCUUCCCACCACCCUGUGCCACCCAACGCCUGUGCACCCCAGGGCCCCGCCCGGCCCCGAAGUUCGCAUCUACGACGCCAGCACGGGCAAGCUCAUCCGAAAGGGUGCUGCGGGCCCCGGACCUCCCGGCUCCCUGCCAGUCCACACGGAGCUCUCCUCCUUCAGAGCGGUUCAGCCACACCAGCAGCAGAUGUUUGGUGAAGACUCGCCAGAUAAUCAAGACGGGGAGCAGCCUGGUCCUUCUAGAAGAAAGCGCCAGCCCAGCAUGUCCGAGGCCAUGCCGCUGUACACGCUGUGUAAGGAGGACUUAGAGAGUAUGGACAAAGAGGUGGAUGACAUCCUAGGAGAAGGCAGCGAUGACAGUGACAGUGAGAAAAAGAAGCCAGACGAUCCAGAGGAGCCAGGACCCAAGUCUGGGGAGCUCGGGGCCCUGAGGGCCCAGAGGGGGCACACGCUCAAGUCAGCGCCACCCAGCGAGAGGCACGCAGCCGAUGGCCGGGGGCCCAGGGGCCACAAGAGGAAGCUGAACGACGAGGACGCUGCCAGUGAGUCCAGCGGGGCGUCCAGCUGUGAGGACGAGGAGGGGGGCAGCUCGGAGGCAGAUGAGAUGGCAGCCGCACUGGAGGCCGAGCUCGGUGACCUCAUGUGACUACAGGGCGGCAGGCGACUCACCUCCGGCCUCCCUGGAUGGGGCCACUUCUUCUCCACUUGUUUUGCAGAACUCCACCUACAGAAACACAUUAUUUUGCAGAAAUAGGUGUUUUUAGAAGUUUUACUACAGGAAAGCCUACUUUUUACGGGACAGCGUCGUGGGGAAUGUGGGCCGUGCCAAAGACCCUUGCUGAGCUCAGCCGAGCUGCACAGCAAGGCCGGAGUUGGUGGUCUGUAAUCAGGAAGACAGGGGUGUGGGGUGUUUUUUCCCUUUAAAGACCACAGAGGGCUAUUUAGGGUGGAGAUUGGGGACCUGACAAGACAUAGGAACCAUGUAGCAGGGACCCAGCACCCUCCGUGACCCAUGCUUUUCCACAACUGAAGUGUGUAUGGAAACAGUACUGUGAGGACCGCCUGGUCUCUGUAGCCUCAGGUGACUUGGCGGCCCUGGGCCCACAGGUUUUGGGGUGAAGGGCACAGCCCGUGCUGGCUUUUGGCUCUUGUGUGAGAUCAGAUGUAAAGUUUUGUAUAUCUAUUUCAUAUGUGACCCACCAAACAGAUUUUUCUUUCAUUUAAUAAAAGUCCUUUUUGUAA